CAAAUCACAUUUGCUUGCGUUGUAAACGAACACAUUCUACUGAGAUUUUUAUCUGGUAAAUUGGACGAUUCAUCAAAACAACAGAUGACUGAAGUGAAUGAUAAAGUACUUUAUCGGCAUUAUCAACAACGAAAUAAAUUUAAAGAUGCAAUUGAUUAUUUAGAUCAAAUAUUCGAGGACUUCAACAAAGAACGCGAACAUAACAGUGUCAGUCGUCUUUAUUUUAUUUAUUUUAUUAAAUUUAUAUUAUUUAGAAAAAGAGCCGUGAUAAGGGUGUUGAUAAGAAUAAGAGAAGAGAAUUCGAAUUUUCAGCUAUAUUCUCUAAAGUGUAUGCAAAAUUUUAAGGAUUUGGAAGGAAGUGGGCAAAGAAAAGUUAAUAAUUUCGAUCGAUCAUCUACUAAUGAUGUUAAUAUUGACGUUAGCGAAACAAUUAUAUUAAAACUUGAUAAUGAUAAAUUAGAUUUUACGAAAAAAUGGUUGGCUGAUGAUAUAAAAUCAUGGGCAACAGUACAAAUGAAGCCAGAUCUACUCUUAUCCACAUCUGAAGAGACUGAUUUCGAUGAACGUUCCCUUGGCAGUUGUUCAGCUGAAGUUGCAGCAAUUAAUUCACUGGACCGACAGAAAAAAUAUAAAGAUACGCCUGAUCUUAUACAAAACGUUAAUGCUAAUCAAAAACCUAAAAAUAAAGUGGAAGCCCUACAGUCAAUCUUCGAAAAUAAACAGAGAUCAGCAAAUUCAUCUCAAACUGGCGGAUAUUGUUCUUCUGGCUCAUUAGAAGCCCAGUCAUCUUCUGUGAUAACCAAUCAUCAACCAUCAUUACCACCUUCGUGUGGGAAAAAAAGUUCGCCAAUUGGGAAACAAUCAAUUUCAUCGCAUGCUCAAAGCAUUGAAGAUGACGAGGAUGAUGGAUUCUAUGAUAAUCUUCAGCUGGAUGAUCGACGUUUUUCUCGUGCUAGUGAGCUGGAUGCUUCAGUUAUCACUAACCGACUUCCCCCAACUAUUAAAUCAACUAAUCGAUUAGGACAGUUUUUCCGCAAAAUAGGAUCCUCAAAAACUCCGACCAGUGCUGCAUCGUUGAUUUCAUUAAAUAGACGAAUAAAAAGCUCCAUUUUUGGAAGCAAAAAACGACUUAAUUAG